UCGAGCCCAAAGGCCCAACUGAAGAAAAGAAAGAGGGACUUCAAGUUAUCGACCGCCGUCGGCCGUCAACCGUCGCCGUCUGCCGGAGUAGUGUCAGCAUCUGGAAUGGCCAACAGCAAGUAUGAAUACGUAAAGUGUUUUGAGGCGGAAGACGAAGUAAUGUACCCAAAUAUCAUUGUUGUUCAAAUUGAUGGCCGCGAAUUUGGCAGAAUGCUGAUGUGGAAUUAUGUCGUGGUUCUUGUCAAUUGNGUAUUAGAGAACUUCUCUGAUGUUAUAUUUGCAUAUGGAUUUAGUGAUGAGUACAGUUUCGUCUUGAAGAAGGAAACCACCUUUUACCAGAGGCGAGCGAGCAAAAUACUCUCCAUUAUUGUGUCUUUCUUCUCAUCUACAUUUGUAACCAAAUGGAAAGAGUUCUUUUCUCAAAAGGAGUUAAGUGUGCCUCCAUCAUUCCAUUCACGAGUUAUCAGCUGUGCAUCAAUGGAGGUUCUUCAGGCAUAUCUUCUAUGGAGACAAACAGAAUGUCAUACAAGCAAUCUAUACAAUACUUGUUUGUGGAAGCUGGUGUUUUCUGGAAAGUCAGAAAAAGAGGCCAAAGAGAUUCUUAAGGGAACACAAAAGCAGGAGAAAAAUGAAUUACUCUUUCAGCAGUUUGGUAUCAACUACAAGGACCUUCCACAGAUUUUUCGUCAAGGGUCUUGUGCCAUCAAGAUAAAGGUGGAAGAUAUUGUGAAAUACCGAGAAAAUGGCACUCCUGUUAAAAGACCAAGGAAGAAAGCAGUCAUAGUUCACUCCGAAAAUAUAGCAACAAAAGGCUUCUGGAAGAACUACUCAUUCCUUACUGAGGAACUUGGUUUGCUUGCAGAAGGCAUUAAUAAGAUUAAACCUGAGUAUUUGAGGUCUUUCCAAUUUGAAAGCAAGCUGAUGUUAUCUACUUGGAUUGUAGUCCGGAUAGACGGUUGUCAUUUCCACAGGUUUUGUGAAGAUAAUGGUUUUCAGAAGCCAAAUGAUGAGCAGGCACUAAAUCUUAUGAACUCAUGUGCGGUUUCUUUGCUAGAGAUGUUUAAGGAUAUUAUCUUUGCAUAUGGGGUGAGCGAUGAAUAUAGUUUUGUUUUGAAGAAAGGAUCUCUAUUAUAUCAGAGGCGGUCAAGUGAAAUCGUUUCUGCCAUUGUAUCUCUUUUCUCUUCCAUGUAUGUGAUGAAGUGGAAAGAGUUUUUCCCUGAGAAAGAGUUUAAAGAACCACCUUAUUUUGAUGGUCGAUGCGUUUGCUAUCCAUCAUCUGAGAUUCUUCGAGAUUACUUGGCUUGGAGACAAGUUGAUUGUCACAUAAACAAUCAGUACAAUACUUGUUUUUGGCUGCUUGUUAAGUCUGGAAAGAGUAGAACUGAAGCGCAGAGCUCUCUGAAGGGUACCCAAACUCAGGAAAAGAAUGAAUUGCUUGCCCAGUUUGGCAUUGAUUACAAUGCGCUACCGAUCAUGUUUCGGAUGGGUUCCUCUGUUUUCCAGGACAAAGAUGAACUAACUGGAAAUGACAAAGUAGUUGUUGAACACUGUAAUAUAAUUGACACGAGCUUUUGGAAAGAACAUCCAAGAAUACUUGACGAGGAGGAGCCAUUGCGGACGAUUUUGCGGCCCCAUAGCAAUAAAAUGCUUCGAGUGUCUUGAAGUUGAAAGAGGAGCUGCUCCCUAAGUUAUAACCAUAUUUAGUUUUCAUUAGAUCAGAAAAAUAGUUUCAAAAUUUGUCAGAUAUGCAGAUUAGCCAGCUGCCUUUGAUUAUUCCCUUUACUCCUUUUUUUUCUUCUAAAGAUUUGUAUAGCAAAACACUCCAGUAUAUUUCUAUUCACUCAGAACAUGUAGUAGACAAGAUUUUGUGUUGUAUCAACUUCAAUAUUUAUGUCAGCAAUGGUUAUUGAUGACUCGAAA